GCUUUAUACAUACACCGUCCCCGCACGCAUCGGCCUGCAUGUCAGUAUUCUACGUGGCGUGAGUGCGUGACAGGGACACUAGGCCUGUGCCGUGUGCAUCCCGAUAGCGAGAGCGGAGAGCCGAGAGCACGCGAUGCCGCCGCGCGCUGCGACGGCGAAGCCGUCGUGGCUCAGCGACGCGCUCCUCUUCGCCGCGGGCGCCGUGGUGGCCACCGUGGCGCUGCUCGCGUUCGCCAACCCGUUCGUUCAGCCUGAGGGUUACUACGGCGACGCAGCAGCCCUGUCCUCCGGCUCUGCUGGCUCAUCAUCCGCGGGUGGUGGUGGUGGUGCCGCCCGCACGUUCUACGACGACCCGGCGCUGGCGUACACCGUGGACCGCCCCAUCACGGGGUGGGACGAGAAGCGCGCCGGGUGGCUGCGCGCGCACCCGGAGCUCGCCGGUGGUGGCGAGGAGCGCGUCCUCAUGGUGUCCGGCUCGCAGCCGACGCCGUGCCGGUCCCCGGGCGGUGACCACACGCUGAUGCGGCUGCUGAAGAACAAGGCCGACUACUGCCGCCUCCACGGCGUGCAGCUGCUGUCCAACAUGGCGCUGCUGCGGCCGUCCAUGGACCGGUACUGGGCCAAGAUACCGGUGAUCCGCGCCGCCAUGGUCGCGCACCCGGAGGCGGAGUGGGUGUGGUGGGUCGACUCCGACGCCGUGUUCACCGACAUGGACUUCCGCCUCCCGCUGCGCCGGUACCGCGCCCACAACCUCGUCGUCCACGGCUGGCCGAGCCUCGUGUUCGAGGCCCAGGCCAGCUCCUGGACCAGCCUCAACGCCGGCGUGUUCCUCAUCCGGAACUGCCAGUGGUCGCUCGACUUCAUGGACGCGUGGGCCGCCAUGGGGCCAGACUCCCCGGACUACCAGCGCUGGGGCUCCGUGCUCAAGUCCACGUUCAAGGACAAGGUGUUCGACGAGUCGGACGACCAGUCGGCGCUCGUGUACAUGCUGCUGCAGAAGGAGAAGGGCAGCCGGCCGUGGCGGGACAAGGUGUUCCUGGAGAGCGACUACUACUUCGAGGGCUACUGGGCGGAGAUCGUGGGGCGGCUCGGGAACAUGACGGAGCGGUACGAGGCGAUGGAGCGCCGCCCGGGGGCUGCCGCGCUGCGGAGGCGGCACGCGGAGAGGGAGCACGCGGAGUACGCGGCGGCAAGGGACGCCGCCCUGGCCGGGGCCGGGCUGGCGGAGACCGGGGUGCACGGGUGGCGCCGCCCGUUCGUGACGCACUUCACGGGGUGCCAGCCGUGCAGCGGGCAGCGGAACGAGCACUACUCCGGGGACAGCUGCGACCAGGGCAUGCGCCGCGCGCUCAACUUCGCCGACGACCAGGUGCUGAGGGCGUACGGUUUCCGGCACGCCGGUCCGCUCAGUGACGACGUGGAGCCACUGCCGUUCGAUUACCCUGCAAAGGCAGUGACUAGCUGAUCGACGUGAAUUUCCGGCUGUUAUUACUAGCUACUACCCCUUGCAUAGCAUGCAUCACGCAUAGUCGCAUUCAAACGGCUUUGCUGGCUAGUUGCUCCUUUCUGGGCUUCAUAACUUCAGUUGGUGCCUUAUCUCAAAAAAAAAAAAGGUGCAAUUCCCCUGUUCUGGUUA